UGCUGCGGUUCUUUACGUACUCAGGUGUCCUGAUUUUCCUUAAUUCUCUAAAAGCUUUAUGCUUUCUAUUUGUUUGGAAGCAAUGUCACUUGUUGUAAACUCUUGUGGAGUUACUGGGAAGAAAGUAUAUUUUUGUUUGUAGGAACCUUAUUGCUUUUGAAGUUCUUGUAUACUGUUUGGGGAGGCAGUUUAAAUAGUUUAAAGAAUGUGGGACUGCUAAAAGCAGUAAUGCAUUGAUGAUAGACGGGGGCAGGCGCUCAUUUGUUGGGCCAAUUUCCGCUUGAUCCCCAACCAGCAAGCCUUGAAUUUUACAGUGUUUUCUUAUGGUUGUUUUAAUGGUCAUUUCUUCAUUUGUGUUUUUAGUUGUGUGUAAUUAUGAGAUUGGGUAUAACAAUCCGUAACCAUGGUCAACAAUAAUUUUGUGAAGUUGUCUUCGCCAAAAUUGUGUGUUGACAAUACCACAUAGUCGAACUUCAUGUUGUACUACAUAGUUUGGUUGAAUGCACAGCAAAGUGGGUUGCCAUCAAUUGUUAGUGUAGAAUUAUGUAUACUUGGAUGAGGGUGAGAGCCGUCAACGAAUUUCCAGAGGCCGUUGCCGACGAGGAAGGGUUUGAUUUGCAGGAGCCAGUGAAGGUAGUUGUGUUCGUCUAGUUUGAGAAGUUCUCGGGUGUUGAGAGAGGGAGAGGUGAGGGAAACAGAGCAGGCAGUGGCGGAAGCAGAGGAGGAAGGAGAAGCCAUGAUGGCUGACAGGGAGGAUGGAAAGAUUUUGUGAGAAGGAGAGGAAGGGAUGAUACCAUGUAGAAUUAUGAAUACUUAAAGAUUGAGUUUACAAUCCUAGGUUGUAUACAAUGAUGAUUAAAUGUAUUAAGUCUAGUGCUUAAUUGUGCUAUUAUUUAUAAUUAGGGUAAUGAUAAUUACAAGUGCAGAAAACCAUGGUGGAGAAAUCAAGGUUAGGAUAAAUGAAGUUCCAAGUGAAGGUUGCCCUUGCCUGUGUCAUAACCUUGAUCGUGAUUCAGCAAGGUGUUUGCGAUGAGGUUUCCGGUGCGUGGAAUGCGACUGACUGGACAUGUAGGUGCUCAUAUCAAGGAAACGUGAGCUACACUCUAGAACCUUACUGUUCAGCAUCCUGUAAUUGCAGUCAGGAUGCUGGAAGUAAUACUACAUGGACAUGCAUAUGUGCUGCCAAUGGGCUUCCUAAAGUCACAGCUGACGGUCAUGAUCCUAAUUGUUUUACAGCCUGCAACUGCACUUAUGGAUCUCUCAAUGCAGCAAAGCCUUCAAAAAAUCAUCUUUCGAGCAAAGUUGUUGUGAUUAUUCUUUUAGCAUGUGUCAUACUCACAACCCUUGCUUUUAUUUCCUCGGUGGUAUGCUACUUCUGCCGAAGGGCUAAGUGCUCUAUUCAAGCGCCAAUAUUUUCGCCUGAUAAGGAAUCAAGUUGCAAUAGUGCUUCCAACUUAAUUAGCUAUAAGAGUUCCUCAUUGUUUGAGACCAAAAUAAAUAUGGAUUCCCCCAUCGGUAAAGGCACAGGAACUGCUAUAACUAUUCCAUUUCAGUUAACAGGCUGCUUUACCUCUUGUGUAUUGAGGAGCAAACCCCGAGCUACACCUGGAGCAAUUAUUCAAUUUUCAUAUUUUGAACUGGAAAGUGCAACCAAUAAGUUUUCAGAUUCCAAUCUAAUAGGACUUGGUGGAAGCAGCUAUGUCUAUCGUGGCCAGCUCAAUGAUGGCGAAGUUGUGGCAGUUAAGCGUCUAAAAGCUUUGAAAGGGCCAGACAUGGACUCUGUCUUUUUAACAGAGAUUGAAAUGUUAGCCAGACUUAAUCAUUUUAAUGUGGUGCCUUUGCUUGGCUACUGCUUUGAAACCCAUGGAAAAAAUGUCGAGAGGUUAUUGAUAUUUGAGUACAUGGAUAACGGUAACCUGAGAGAUUGUUUGAACGGGGAUGAAGGGAAAAACAUGGAUUGGGUCACUCGAGUUUCAAUUGCCAUUGGAGCUGCAAGGGGUUUGGAAUAUCUCCAUGAAGCAGCUGCUCCAAGAAUUCUGCAUCGAGAUGUCAAAUCCACAAACAUUCUUCUGGAUGAAAAUUGGCAAGCAAAAAUAACUGAUCUUGGUAUGGCGAAACGCUUAAAAGCUGAUGGUGUCCCUAGCACAUCUAGUUCUCCAGCAAGAAUGCAGGGGACUUUUGGUUAUUUUGCACCGGAAUAUGCUAUUGCUGGAAGAGCAUCUCUUGAGUCAGACGUUUUCAGUUUUGGCGUAGUUCUUCUUGAGCUUAUCACUGGUCGGAAGCCCAUCCAUAAAUCAACAACUAAGGGAGAAGAAAGCCUUGUCAUAUGGGCUACACCUCGUUUACUGGAUAGUAGGCGAGUAAUCACAGAGUUGGCGGAUCCAGAUUUAAAUGGAAACUUCCCAGAAGAGGAGAUGCAGAUAAUGGCUUACUUGGCAAAAGAAUGUCUACUGUUGGAUCCUGAUGCUAGACCAAACAUGAGUGAGGUUGUCCAAAUCCUUUCGACUAUUUCACCAGAGAGAUCUAAAAGGAAAAACUUUUCUGUAAAUCUUUUUCAGCACAUAGGCAUGGAUGGCCAUAAAGAUGCUGGGGAGCUAAGGCGAGCGAAAUCCAGUAAAGGUUCGGUUCGGUGUUCACUGCCACUAGACAUUGACCGUAACCUAUGUGCUGAAAGAGACACGGAUUCUGUUUCAGAUAACUAUAUGGAGAGAUUGAUCCUCUUGACUUCAAAUGCCAGGAGUUGUCGUGCCACUGAUAUUGAGACAGUGGAUUUAACUGAGCCCAGGUUGGAGUCUUUUUGUGUAACAAAUGGUAAGCCCCCAUGACCAGAGAAAACUUGAAGCACACGGAUAGGAAGUAAACCAGAUUUUAAGCUUAUUUCAAAUACUUGUUUGCGGUUGGUUGCUCAAAGAAAUCACGAGGAAGCAAGCGGGUUUCUGAAGAUUAGUUCCUUGAUACUUUUUUCUUUGAAGAAAAUCAUAGUUGUGUAUUUGUUUGGUUGUUGUACAGAAAUCAUAGCAUUCAAAAUAUGUUAGGAGAUGAAAAGGAUGGUAUGCUGCUUGUAAUUCAGUAAAUGCAAAAAGGUAGUUUUUAAAGCA